UUUGGUAACACACUGGCGAACGAUCAGCACGUGUCGUGUGUCUUUUCCCAUUCAAUCUCUUGGUGCAUUUCCCCGUGAGGAUUCUUUCAACGCGAAAGACUUCGGUGUUAAAGGUGGUGCCAACAGAAAGAUAUAUACUUAAGUGUGCUACCUUCAAAGGUGAAUUUCUCUGCAGAAGGGGCAUAAAGAAAUUGCACCAUUUGUCGGGAAGAUCAUCAAGGUGGUGAAGAACCAAAAGUGCGGUGCAUGGAUAUAACUCUGUAAUGUUAGCAAAACCAUGACAUUAUGACGAAUAAUUGAGUUUUCGUUUGCUGAGCUUUGUGAAGUUAAUUGACGCUAAAGAGAUAAUUUAACACAAAAGUGAAUAAGUUCAUUGUCUUCUUGUGGUUUUCACAGUACUUUUAAUUCAUAAAUAGGCUUCCCUCCAGCCUAUCGUAUUAAUUUGUGAAUUGUGUGUGCGUAUGAGGAAAAAAAAGAGGCCUACAAUUUUGAGAUAAUAGAGUUGAGGAAAGAGUUUGAGGAAAAAUCAUAAGACUCUCGUGCUUUAAAUGUUCACCUUUCAAUUCCGCAACUAAAAAUGCUGUGACUUUUUUUUUAUUUUGAGCUAUUGUGUCCACUGACCGAAAUUUGUUAAUUUUUUCUAUCUCUGGUAUUGUGAAUAUUUUGUGUUUUGUUCAUUUUGCGAGAGAGGCCUUUUUUCUGCGUGACCACGAAAGUAAAAGACAGCUACAACUAUGUGCACCAAAAACCAAAUAAACAUCUUGAUGGAGAAGCUAAAUGUGGGACUGCCAUCGUGCCCUAUAGACUUCAGUGGGAUCACAUCUCGACUGCCAGACAUCACUUGCUGGACCACAUCUGAUCAGGGUGGCGGUACGUCCGGCAAUCUAACGGCACUCCAUCGAUUCUACAAGGCAAAUCGCAAAAUGCCAGCAUUUCGGGGACGACGGGGACUCUGUGGAUGUCUUCAGGAUGACGAACCACCGGAGAUUUGUGUGGUCGAGGGAGCUUUCACACUCCAAACCAUCACACCGACACAACCAAUGCCGGCAAUUGAUGAGUUGGAUGCGAAAUUUGCAGAACUAGUGGAGGAGCUGGAUCUCACAGCACCCAACAAAGCUGCUAUGCUGAGUCUUCCGGCACAGAAGAAAUGGCAAAUUUACUGUUCGCGAAAGAGUCAUCAGGAUGAGGGAGCUACAGUGACGUCUGUACCACCAACUCCUGACCACUAUAUCGAUCGGUUGCGCGACAUGUCUACACAGCUCAUGGCACAACCGGAAGAUUCCCCAUGUCAUGAGUACAAUUUCAAGAUUGAGACGCAUACAGCACAGCUGGACGCUCUCAAAACAGCCCUCCGCACAUCUGCCCAUAGUUUCGUCCUGCGCUUCGUGGAGCUCGAUGGACUGGUGGUGCUGCUGGAUCUCCUGCAAAAGCUUGAUUGGCGAGUGGCCAAUAGUGCUCUUCACACCAGUCUCAUUGGGUGCAUCAAAGCCCUGAUGAACAACACCACGGGUAGAGCACAUGUUAUGGCACAUCCCACGAGUAUUGAUACCAUAGCCAGAUCUCUAGCAGCGGACAAUGUAAAAACAAAAGUAGCCGCUCUAGAAAUCCUCGGUGCGGUAUGUCUCGUCCCUGGAGGACACAAAAAAGUUCUCGUUGCCAUGCAACACUUUCAGAAGUUUGCAGCCGAACGCACACGCUUCCAGAGUAUCAUCAAUGAUCUCGAUCGUUCAACGGGCGCCUACAGGGAUGAUGUGAAUCUCAAGACAGCCAUUAUGUCCUUCAUCAAUGCCGUUCUCAACUAUGGACCUGGACAGGAAAAUCUGGAAUUUCGUCUUCAUCUACGAUAUGAAUUUCUCAUGUUGGGUAUUCAGCCGGUGAUUGAAAAGCUUCGGAAGCAUGAGAAUGAAACCCUCGAUCGGCAUCUGGACUUCUUCGAAAUGGUUCGCACGGAAGAUGAGAAAGAGCUAUCGAGAAAAUUCAAUCACGAACAUGUGGACACUAAAAGUGCUACAGCAAUGUUUGAUGCCAUCCGCAGAAAACUCAGCCAUUCAUCUGCAUAUCCCCACCUCAUGUCGCUCCUUCAGCACAUGCUUCUUCUUCCAUUUACAAGCGCUAACAAUCAACACUGGCUAAUGUUUGAUCGAGUGGUUCAGCAAAUCAUUCUCCAGACAGACGCCAGACCACCCAGUGAUAUUGAUCCCGAUCAGUGUAGCACACCAAAACCCCAAGAUCCAGAUAUAGCUCCCUUGGCGAUUGACGUGAAGAAGAUUGUGAAGUUGCUGGUGAAGGAGGAGGAACUCACAGCGGCCAGGAGUCGAGCGGAUGAGUUGGAAAAAGAAAAUCUCGAUGCUCAGGCAAAGUUGGCAAAGAAGGAGCAGGAAUUAGAUUUGCGUACGCAGGAGAAGGAAGAUUUGGAAACGAGUCUCGCCAGAAUGAGGGAACGUCUGGAGAAGGAGAGUGCCAAUCACUCACAGGCUGUUCAGAGAGCCCUAAAUGCUGAGAUGCGUGUGGAAGAUCUGCAGCAUCGGUACAUGCAGGAGCAGCAGGAACGUGUACGUCUUGAGCGUCUAGUCACGGAGGGUAGCAUCCCUGAUGAUCAGAAAGUGGCCGGUUUGCAUGGGUGCAAUGGGCAAACAUCUACACCCACCAGUCCCAAAGCCACUGCAGCACCUCCACCUCCCCCACCUCUGUUGCCCAUGGCACCACCACCCCCGCCCGGAGCACCUCCACCACCAAUGCCAAUGUCUACUUGUCCGGCACCAACCACGGCCAAAUUCGAAGUGACCAAGAAGAAUGUGCCACAGCCCUCAAAUCCACUUAAGAGUUUCAACUGGUCAAAACUUCCAGAUGCCAAAGUCAACAGUACCAUCUGGAAUGAGCUGGAUGAGUCCAAGUGGUACAGUACCAUGGGACUGGAGGAAAUUGACAAACUCUUCUCGGCAUACCAAAAGAAUGGCGUCAAUAAUGAUGGUUCGAUAGAGGAUCUUCGGAUGAUUGGCAAGAACAGAACAAAGAUACUUUCAGUAAUUGAUGGACGACGUGCUCAGAACUGCACAAUUCUCCUCAGUAAACUCAAAAUGACCGAUGAAGAGAUCAGCAAAGCAAUUCUGUCCAUGGAUUCCAGUGAGCAACUACCAAUUGAUAUGGUGGAACAACUCCUGAAAUUCACUCCGUCGGCUGAGGAGAGAGCACUCCUGGAUGAACAUACUGAGGACAUUGAAUCUCUGGCCAGAGCUGAUCGGUUUCUCUUUGAGAUCUCAAAAAUUCCUCACUAUGAACAACGUCUGAGGAGUCUACACUAUAAGAAGCGCUUCCACGUGACCGUAAGUGAGGUUUCUCCGCGUCUCACCAGCGUCAUGGAGGCAUCCCGUGAAGUUGCUCGAUCACGCCGUUUACGGAAGCUACUGGAAAUUGUCCUGGCAUUGGGUAAUUACAUGAAUCGAGGAGCACGAGGUAAUGCUUCUGGUUUCCGUCUUGCUUCUUUGAAUCGUUUGGCUGACACAAAAUCAAGCUCAGCCAAGGGUACCACGCUCCUGCACUACCUCGUGCAGAUCGUGGAGACAAAAUUCAAGGAUCUCCUGAAGCUAGAUGAGGAUCUACCACAUAUCCGUGAGGCAAGCAAAGUAUCUUUGGGUGAAAUGGACAAGGACAUAUCGAUGCUGAGGAGUGGCCUGGCUGAGGUCACGAGAGAGAUUGAGUUUCAUCGAAGUGCUGGAGCACCUCAGAGUGGUGAUCGAUUCCUGCCCGUCAUGUGUGAAUUCCACGCUCAAGCCACCGUGAGACUAGCUGAGCUUGAGGAUAAGUUCCAGGAUAUGAAGACAAGAUUCGAUCGAGCAGUGCGUCUGUUUGGUGAGGAAGGAGCUGUUGUGCAACCAGACGAGUUCUUUGGAAUCUUCGAUACAUUCUUGGUAGCUUUCAUGGAAGCACGUCAGGACAAUGAGAAUUUCAGGCGUCGCCAGGAGGAAGAAGAGAAACGCGCCAAACAGGAAGCUGAGCUGAAGAAACGCACAAUUGAGCGCAAAUCCAAGGAGGGUGGAAUUCUCAGUUCCAUGGCAAAGAAUUUGGGUCUGAAAUCUUCUUCCAGCAGCCCAUCGAAGGGCGCUACAUCGACGGACAAUAAAGGAGAGUUCGAUGACUUGAUCUCAGCACUGAGGACGGGAGAUGUCUUUGGGGAGGACAUGGCAAAGUUUAAGCGUUCCCGGAAGACACGAGUGUCAACACCGGCAGCCACGAGCAAUGGAAAUGCAACGUCCCCACCAGUGAGAAACAGUUACCAUCGCGAGGAUAGCCGGGAGAGGAGCGGAAUGGCCCUCGGACGGAGGCAGUAAAUGCCAAAUCCUACAAGUUAAUCGUGUUUUAAUGUGAAUGUAGUGUUUUUAUAUAGAAGGAGAAAUGCUUCGCUCAAUUUUAUCCCCAAUUCUGAUGGAGACCUUUCUCUCCCUUUUUUUGUCAGAGAUGCCCCAUUUUUCGGUGCUACUUCUUUGAGGUACUUCUUAGAGAUUGUUCCCAUUUAUCAUUUUUUUUCGUGCAUUAUUAAGCGUAUCUUAGGAAAAACAACAAUACUGACGAUAAUUUAUAAUUUAGCAUAGGCGAUUUAGAUCAAGGACUUUUAAAAGUUAGAUUUUCUUUUGUAUUAUUGAAGAGAAAAGAAAAAAAACAAUGAAGCUUCUAAAAAAAAACAUGUGCAGAACAAGACUGGUCCAUAAAAUGCCAACGAGAAAUUUUUUGUAUUUAAAAAGAAAAAAACAUCUUUCUAUUUUGUAAUUUAAUCCUUUGAAUAAUUUUCCUUCUUAAUUCUUUCUAAACUUAAAUCUAAAUGAAAAAAAAAAACUUAUAAAUCUUUUCUAAUGGUAUAUUUUGUAUAUAAUUGUAAAAAAGAAAUAAUAAUCUCAAUUUUGUGUCGUCUCAAUCAUCCCCUAUACUUUCUUGAAAGUUCUACAAAUUUUUAUAUGCAUUUUGAGACAGUAUUUUACAUAUGAACGGAGAAGAAAAUAUUAUGAUGGAAAUAGUGGAACAAAAAAAAACAUUGUAGAAAAGUAUUGAAGCAAAAUAUCCCCCAAGAAUUUGUGAUUUUUCUUUGAGUGUUGUGUCGAAGCGCAAUCACCGGAUAAGAGAUUUUUUUUGGAUAUGAAGAGGCAUUAUCGUGUUAACGAGUUCACAAUUGACAUUGUAAGAAUGAGAAAAGAAUUAUGAAGAUUCAUUUCUGUUAUUGUACUCUUUGAAUCAAUUUUACUUAAUAAAAAUUAAUUGAAUUGA